UGCCACGGUUUCCAGGAAAUUUCCAUCGCCUCUCUCUGUCUCUCUCUCUGUCUCUCUCUCUCUCUCUCUAACUCACGAGAACGAUUAGAAAAGUCUCAAAUUUUGUGUUCCGACCAAGAAACCAACAUCUUCUUUUCAGAGAAAAAACCAAAGUCUCCAACUUGGUAAUCCCUCCAGUUGGUUUGAUGAUCAUAAUCCAACCAGACCAUUCUUCCUCUUUCGAAACACCCACCAGUUUUCCCUUCCCCCUUUUCCCCCCUUUCCUCCUGCAACUGCAAAAGUCCCAAGCUUUUCCUUCUGGAUUGGCCCAAACUGGGCUGCUCUCUAAUUCUUCUGGGCUGCCGGUUACUGAAACCGUGAACUUCUGCUCCUCCCUCAAGGAUAGGAUUGGUGUCUAACGUCUGAAGAAAUCGUCAGAGCCCAGAUGUAAGUAAGUCUAAUCUGAUUACAGUUCCAUGGGGGGUUUCGUUUGUUAAAACUAGUGUUUCACUCUUGCGAACUUCUACUUUGCCCCCUUUGUUCUGCUCCAGUGGAAGUUUUGAGAUCCAAUUGGUUGCUUUCCGCCCUCCUUUCUUGUUCUCUUCACUGCAAAAGGUUUGGAAUUUGGAUGAAAUUGCACAGUUCUGAUGAGGAAAGGGUCAUCUGUGUAUCUUCCCUUUGGGGGAACUUUUGCAGAAAUUCUUGAAUGGUGAUUUGUCUAUGAGGAAGACUGUUUGUUGAACGUAAUUGGGGCUUUCCAUUUGAAGAAAAAUUGCUGCUUCGGUUAUGAACUAUUCACAGGACAAGUUUGUUAGGUUUCAAGAUUGGAGGUCAGAGAAAGUGUCGGAAUCGGAUUAUUCGCCCCGGAAUGGGUACCGUGGGAGAGUUAGCAUGAAGAUAAGCUCAUUCUCUGAUAAGUUCAGGAGAAGACUGGAGUCUGGUUCAGAGAGCAUCAGUAGGAUUAGGCAGACCUUGAAAUCAUACUCGUUCAACAAUGGUAGUUCCUCCGAUGGCUCUUCUAGUUCUAGAAAGAAGAUCCUUGAUCCACAGGGAGCUUUCCUACAGAAAUGGAACAAGAUAUUUGUGCUGUCAUGUUUCCUUGCUAUCUCCCUGGACCCUUUGUUCUUCUAUGUCCCGGUGAUCGACAAUGAUAAGCACUGCCUUAAAUUGGACAACAAGAUGCAGAUAACAGCCAGCGUGUUGCGUUCUUUCACGGAUAUAUUCUACAUACUUCACAUUGUCUUCCAGUUUCAUACCGGCUUCAUUGCGCCUUCCUCCAGGGUUUUCGGAAGAGGUGUUUUGGUUGAGGACAGUUGGGCUAUCGCGAAGAGGUAUAUGCUUUCGUACUUCUUGAUCGAUGUUCUUGCCUUGCUGCCAUUGCCACAGAUGGUGAUUCUAAUAAUCACUCCCAGGCUGCAAGGAUCGAGAACUCUUAACACGAAAAACUUGUUGAAGUUUGUUGUAAUCCUACAGUAUCUUCCGAGGAUCAUGCGGAUUUAUCCGUUGUACAAGGAAGUUACUCGAACCUCUGGUAUACUCACUGAAACUGCAUGGGCUGGAGCUGCAUUUAACCUCUUCCUUUACAUGCUUGCUAGUCAUGUGCUUGGAGCAUUUUGGUACUUAUUCUCCGUGGAAAGACUAACAGUUUGCUGGAAGAGAGCUUGUAACACAAGCUCGUGCCGGGAUACGCUGUACUGUGAUGGUCCUCCAGGCAAUCUGGCAUUCUUGAACACCUCUUGUCCUGUCAAUCCUGAGAAUGCAGAUGUGUUCAAUUUCGGAAUAUUCCUUGACGCGCUCCAGUCUGGUGUUGUGUCUUCUCAUGACUUCCCCAAGAAGUUCUUCUACUGUUUCUGGUGGGGGCUUCGCAAUCUCAGUUCUCUUGGUCAGAACCUUGCGACAAGUACAUUCGUCUGGGAAAUUUGUUUCUCGGUUGCGAUUUCAAUCUUUGGACUGGUGCUGUUUUCCUUCCUCAUUGGGAAUAUGCAGACUUACUUGCAAUCUACGACAACUAGAUUGGAGGAAAUGAGAGUGAAGAGGCGGGACGCAGAGCAAUGGAUGUCCCAUCGUAUGCUCCCGGACAAUUUGCGGGAGCGAAUCAGGCGACACGAGCAGUAUAAGUGGCAAGAAACCAGAGGAGUCGACGAAGAGAACCUCGUCCACACUCUUCCAAAGGACAUUAGAAGGGACAUAAAGCGCCAUCUCUGCUUGGCACUCCUCAUGAGAGUGCCAAUGUUCGAGAAGAUGGACGACCAGCUUCUCGAUGCAUUGUGCGACCGCCUCAAGCCAGCACUCUACACGGAGGAGAGCUACAUUGUCCGUGAGGGAGACCCCGUCGACGAGAUGCUAUUCAUCAUGAGGGGUAAACUCCUCACCAUGACAACAAAUGGUGGAAGGACGGGUUUCUUCAACUCGGAGUACCUCAAAGCUGGCGAUUUCUGCGGUGAGGAGCUUCUCACGUGGGCUCUCGACCCACACUCCUCGUCGAACCUACCCAUCUCCACAAGAACCGUUCGUACAAUCACGGAGGUCGAAGCUUUUGCACUAACGGCCGAAGACCUAAAGUUCGUGGCCUCGCAGUUCCGUCGCCUGCACAGCAAGCAGCUUCGCCACACGUUCAGGUUCUACUCACAGCAGUGGAGGACGUGGGCCGCCUGCUUCAUACAAGCGGCAUGGCGAAGGUACAGCAAGAAGAAGCUCGAGGAGGCACUGAGGCAGGAAGAGGACAGGUUGCAGGAUGCGCUGGCCAAGGCCAGUGGGAACUCGCCUAGCCUCGGCGCUACCAUCUACGCCUCCAGAUUUGCCGCCAAUGCCCUGAGGCUGCUGAGACGAAACUCGACUCGUAAGGCGAGGAUCUCCGAGAGGCUGCCGCCCAUGAUGCUGCAGAAGCCGGCGGAGCCUGAUUUUACUGCUGAUGAACGGUAGCUUGGGGAAAGGGUAAGUAGUUUGUUGGAAUUUUUUUUUUUUGGUUGUGGGGUAGUGUUCAUUCAAUCAACCAGAGAAGUAUGAGAGAUAAAGGGAAAGUGCAGGAUAAAAGAUGUGAUUUUUGAGUCCCUUUAUUAGUUAUCUUCGGUUGAUUCUUUCUCAAAUCCUGUAACCUGUACAAUAUUAAUGUAUAUGAGAAAUUUUCAAAUGGGGUUUGUUUCUUUGUUCUAGAAUUGAAUUAUACCUGAUCUAGCCUUUCAAAGCUUGAACCUUUCUUCAACGAGUCGGCCGCCAUUAUAGGAUACA